AUGCCUGGAUCACACGAUCUGAGCGAGAAGAAUCUCCGCAUGCACGAGCACAUCGUCGGUACGGAAAGAACCACGCAGCACAUUGUCAGGACUGUCACCUCGGUACCUGCCGCAAAGAAGAGCGCAAGACCGCCAGCCAAACCAGAGACUGUCGCCCGCUCCAAGGCAGCUUCCAAGGCGGGCUCGAAGGCGGACUCGAAGGCGGGCUCGAAGCACGAGACUUCGAAACAGGAAAAGGAGGUGCUGGUUGUCACCGUCAUCGAGGAAGAUGAUGAUGAAGUCGGCCUACCUCCCCCGGCUCCCUCAGUGGCUCAUGCUUCUAGCAAACACGACUCCAAGAAGGCUACCUCGGCCAAGCCUGCAGCUUCCGUAGCAUCCCGUCACUCACACCACAGUCAUCACGACAGAAGAGAUAUAUUCCACAUACCUGCCGGCAUUCCUCCCCCACCUGGCUUCUCCAAGAUGCCCGACUUCCCUAGCAUGCCACCAAUGCCGCCUAUGCGCGAGAUCCCCGAGAUCGACGUGGUGGCGGGUCACGAGAUGGCACUGAUGCAUAUGCCUCCACCACCUCCAGCAAGAUCUGUGGCGUCUGGUGCAUCAAGAAAAGUGGCCCACAGAUAUCCUACAUCACACGUCAGCCACCACAGCAAGAUCAGCCACCACAGUAAGAUGAGCAGCAAAUCAAAGGCCAUAGAAGCCGGCGCUGGAGGCAAGACAGAGUCAGAACUCCUGGAUGUUCUCGUGGAGGAAGUGCACGAAGUGACUAGACGCCGCUUCGUAGUCAAGAUGCCAGGAGACAAGGUCAGAGAGUGGGGUUUCAGAGAUUGA